AUGAAUGACACACUUCAAACCUUUAUGCAAGAGCAAUGUGAGUUUUACAAGAAACAAGAAACAUAUAUGGCUACUAUUGCCGAAGCUCUCUCUCGUUUGACCCUUUCUCCUACGACUACACAAAAUGCCCAACAAGCCUCAACUUCUAGUGGUUUACCUUCUCAACCCCAACCAAAUCUAAAGGAAAGCAUCAAUGCUAUCACCCUUAGGAGUGGCACCAAGUUGGAUGAAAUUGGUGUUGUGCCUACAAGUUUGGGUGAGAAAACCCACAAUGAAGAGGUGGGAGAUGGUGUGAAAGUGAUGAAGGAUGAGGAGAAGAAUGUUGCAAAAGGUGAGGAGGAACCACUCAAGGCCAAGGAGCUAGAGAGGAAGAAUCUGGUUGAAGAGCCUAUGCCAAUUCCAUUUUUAACUUUGGCUAAGAAGGCUAAGAAGCAAGAAGAACUUGACCCCAGCAUGGUGAAAAUUUUUAAAAAUGUUGAAGUCACCGUCCCUCUCUUUCAAGCCAUUCAACAAGUGCCCAAGUAUUCCAAGUUCCUCAAAGAUGUUUGCACACAUAAGGACAAGAUUGGCAAAUUCAACAAAAGGCCGGUAGAUGAUUCUAUCUCUUCUCUAAUUCCUGAAAAAUACAAUGAUCCCGAUCCAUGUUUGGUUACUUGUUUGAUUGGUGGGAUAAAGUUCAUGGAUUGUAUGUGCGACUUGGGGGCGUGCGUAAGCAUUAUGCCACUCCCCAUUUAUGAGAGAUUGAACUUGUCACCCCUAAAGAGGUCCGUGGCGAGAUUUGUGUUGGUAGAUAAGAGCAUUGUGUCAGUUGUAGAAAUUGCGGAAAAUGUGCUAGUUGACAUCUAA